UAAUGACGUACACGAAUGGUUAUUUCAGCAGUUGCUUUUGUGUUGUAUUGACCGUUGGAUCUUUCUUUUUUUUCUUUUUUUUUCCCAUUUAUAAACCCGUUCUCCCACUUUAUUUUCAUUUAAGAUGGAUUGGAGAAGGGGUUAGGAGUCUUCGGACUCAAAGGAUUUGAAAAUGAACAAAGGGUGGCUUGAACUGGAAAGUGACCCCGGACUCUUCACUCUACUUGUGGAGGAUUUUGGGGUGAAAGGAGUACAGGUGGAGGAGAUCUAUGACUUGCAGAGUAAAUGCCAAAGUCCUGUGUACGGCUUCAUCUUCUUAUUUAAGUGGAUUGAAGAGCGCCGAUCCCGGAGGAAGGUCUCUACCUUGGUGGAUGAGACGUCUGUCAUUGAUGAUGACAUUGUAAACGACAUGUUCUUUGCACAUCAGCUGAUCCCCAACUCGUGUGCAACCCACGCCUUGCUGAGUGUCCUCCUGAACUGUAACGAUGUAGAGCUCGGACUAACCCUAAGCCGUAUGAAGGAGUUUACCAAAGGGUUCAGCCCAGAGAGUAAAGGCUAUGCAAUUGGCAAUGCACCAGAGCUUGCAAAAGCUCACAACAGCCAUGCUAGACCUGAACCACGACACCUUCCAGAGAAACAGAAUGGGAUCAGUGCUGUGAGAACGAUGGAGGCCUUCCACUUCGUCAGUUACGUGCCGAUCAAGGGGCGCUUGUUUGAGCUCGAUGGGCUGAAAGCGUACCCCAUUGACCAUGGACCUUGGGGAGAGGAAGAGGAGUGGACGGACAAAGCCAGGAGAGUCAUCAUGGAGAGGAUAGGACUGGCUACAGCUGGGGAGCCAUACCACGAUAUCCGCUUCAACCUGAUGGCUGUUGUCCCCGACCGGCGUAUAAAAUAUGAGUCUAAGUUACACGUGCUCAAAAUGAACAGACAGACCGUGCUGGAGGGCCUUCAACAGCUUAUCCGGGUGACACAGCCAGAACUGGUCCAGGAUCGGAAAGCACAGGAAUCCUCGCCUCCAGAAGAGACUUCUCCUACAGUGAAAAAGGAAGCAGAGUCAGACAAGGCACUGGCUACAGCAGACCCCUCACGCACAGAAUCUGCAGAGUCUUCCUCUUCGCAGAGCCAGCCGGAACCAAACCCGAGCUCAACAAGCAGAUCAAAAGCCCCAAGGAAACAGGUGCUGUGCUCGCAGACCGACCCGCCCGUCACCCCCAGCCCCACAGUCCAGCGGUGGCCAGCCUUCCUCGACAACCACAACUACGCCAAGUCUCCCAUGCAGGAGGAGGAGGACCUAGCAGCGGGGGUAGGGCGGACCCGGGUUCCAGUCCCCUCACUUCAGCCUUACUCGGAUGAUGAGGAUGAUUACGAUGAAGAGGAAGAGGACACCAGCAAAGCCGAGGCUCCAGUGAGGUACAAGAGGAAGCCUGGCCUGAAGCAGUCAAAGGGAGGCCAGCUGUCCCUCUUGCAGCCCAACACCAUGGGCGUGCUGACUGAGAAGCUGAAGGAGUCCCAGAGGAAGGACCUGACGGUGCCGCUCACCAUCAAAACUGCUGCAGCGGGGGGCAUCUGCAUCACUGCCCCCUCCCAGCCCUCACCCACCCCCAGCAAUGAGAGCACAGACACCGCCUCGGAGAUUGGCAGCGCCUUCAACUCCCCGCUGCGCUCGCCAAUCCGCUCAGCCAGCGCCACUCGACCCUCCAGCCCCGUCACCUCCCACCUCUCCAAGGUGCUGUUCGGGGAGGACGAGGGCCUGCUGCGACUUGACUGCCUGCGCUACAACCGGGCCGUGAGGGACCUGGGCCAGGCCGUCAGCUCUGCAUUGCUCCACCUGCAGGCCGACGGAGUGCUCUGCACCCUCGCUCACACCGAGCAAAGUCCUAAGGAGGUGAAGAAUGAGAGCGGGCAGCUGCAGAGCAAUGUAGAGGAGAACAAUGAGGCUCUUGAACCCAGACACAGCAAGGAGAAACUGGACACUGGGGAAAACAGUACCAGCAAAACCAUAGGAGAGAAAUACUCCCCUAAAGAGCUCCUCGCUUUGCUCAAAUGUGUAGAGGCUGAGAUAGCCAACUAUGAGGCCUGCCUGAAAGAGGAGGUUGAAAAAAGAAAGAAAUACAAGAUUGAUGACCAAAGGAGGACUCACAACUAUGACGAGUUUAUAUGUACUUUUAUAUCCAUGCUGGCACAGGAAGGAAUGCUGGCCAGCCUUGUGGAACAGAACAUCUCUGUACGACGUCGUCAGGGCGUCAGCAUCGGACGCCUCCACAAACAGAGGAAGCCGGACCGUCGGAAACGCUCCCGACCAUACAAAGCCAAGCGGCAGUAACCCUGACACACAAAACCCAGCGCUUGGAAAACUUGUAUUAGUUUAGCUUGUUGAACAGAGGACUCUACACAGUACUGUACCGAACCCAACCCAGGAACUGGUCUGCGGGUUUUAACGGCAAUAAGGGAAACGCUAUUGCAUAUAUCCAUAGUAUCUUCUGCUCAUUGCGGAAGAUGCUCAGUUUUAGCAGACCAUUUAAUGAAGCUAGUCACACAUUCACACACAGAUAGGGACUCUUGUUUCACGUGUGCAGUUGUUUUGGGCUGUUCAGAUCCAGCUGUGAAUGCCCCAUUUUUAUUUUUCUUAUCCUGUUCUGUUUCCUAUUUGGGUGAUCUCAGUACAGCUCCUUGUGAUUCAUAUACCAGACAAACACAGUAUUUGGGUGUAUUAAUUCUGAAUGUGAGGACUGAGCUGUGAUGCCUGAGUGAUGGUGCCAGGUCUGGAUUAAGAAGCUUGGGUGGUUUGCAGAUUGGGGAGGAUGAAUCCAUUAGUUUUUUUUUUCUCCUGCUCUCAUAGUUUUAUGUGUAUAAUAAGGACUUAUUUUGUGCCCAUUUAUCUCCAAAUUAGUUUAGGGGUGUUUUAUCUUUUUUUUUUUUUUUUUUUUUUUUUGUAUAUCUGACCAUCUCGUUAUACCACAGUUAUUUCUGUCACAUUAUUAAAUCAUGCACAGUUUCCUUUUACUAGUUCUUAUGUUUAGUUACAUGUGCUGGUAUAAUUGUAAUUAUGCAUUAUCAAACCUGUUCUUCAUUAAUGAACAAAUACAGACUGAUGUAUAAAUGAUCUUGUUGGGCAUCAGUUUAGGCAAGACCAUGUGACAGUUGGGUCCUUUUCAGAAAAAAAAAAAAAAAACAAAAAAAC